AUGCAAGCUGUAGCAAAUAAAUCAAAUAUUACAUUAAAAGGGUCAACAGAUAUCGUAACAGAGUUUUUUGCAUACAGUAUAAAUACAAUUUUAUUUCAAAGAGGAUUAUACCCACCAGAAUCAUUCACUAGAAUUGCAAAAUAUGGAUUACCAAUUCUAGUUACUACAGAUGAAACAUUAAAAAAUUAUAUUGAAAAUGUAUUAAAACAAUUAUCAGAGUGGUUAUUAUCAGGUGAUAUUCAAAAAUUAGUUUUGGUAAUCACAGAUAUAGUCACAAAAGAAGUUUUAGAAAGAUGGGUAUUCGAUGUUGUUACCGAUUUACCAAAGGAUGGAGAAGCACCAAGAAAAAAACCAGAAAAAGAAAUUAUGAGCGAAAUUCAAGCAAUUAUAAGACAAAUUACAGCAAGUGUAACCUUUUUACCAUUAUUACCAAAUGCAUGCACAUUUGAUUUAUUGGUUUAUACUAAAAAAGAUUUACAUGUACCACAAGAAUGGGAAGUAUCAGAUCCAAGAUUAAUCACAAAUUCACAACAUGUUAAACUCAGAUCAUUUACAACCUCUAUUCACAAAGUUGAAAGUAUGGUUUCAUAUAAAAUCUCAAGUGAUUAA